AUACAAAACAAUUAGGAUUACAAUUUACAAAACGUCUCUUUCGUGCCUUCUUCAUUUUCCUCUCUGUCUAUAUUAACUCCCUCACCUUCACGUUUCCUUUCUCUCUCCUACCUAUCUCUCUCUCCUCCCUGCUGACCUUCAUUCUGUCGGAGAUCCACGAUUAUCCGGUCAACUUUUCGCCGGCGAAAUCCUUAAUCCCGGCCAUUUCACACGUCGUAUCAUUCUUCUCGAUCCUCCAUCCGUCACCUUCUCGUUUCAGUCAUGAAUCCCGAGUAUGAUUACCUGUUCAAGCUUUUGCUUAUUGGAGAUUCUGGUGUUGGAAAAUCAUGCCUCCUCCUGAGAUUUGCGGAUGACUCAUAUUUGGAAAGUUACAUAAGCACUAUUGGAGUUGAUUUCAAAAUACGCACUGUUGAGCAAGAUGCAAAGACCAUUAAACUUCAGAUUUGGGACACUGCUGGACAAGAGCGUUUUAGGACAAUCACUAGUAGCUACUACCGUGGAGCACAUGGCAUCAUUGUGGUCUAUGAUGUAACAGAUAUGGAAAGUUUCAACAAUGUGAAGCAAUGGCUAAAUGAAAUUGAUCGUUAUGCUAGUGACAAUGUUAACAAACUUCUGGUUGGAAACAAGUGUGAUCUUGCUGCAAAUAGAGCUGUACCAUAUGAAACUGCCAAGGCUUUUGCUGAUGAAAUUGGCAUACCAUUUAUGGAGACCAGUGCAAAGGAUGCCACUAAUGUAGAACAGGCUUUCAUGGCUAUGACUGGUUCAAUCAAAAACAGGAUGGCUAGCCAGCCGAUGAACAAUGCCAGGCCCCCAACAGUUCAGAUCCGAGGUGGUCAGCCUGUUGGACAGAAGAGUGGGUGCUGCUCUACCUAGGGAAAGUAUGAUACUUGAUGCCACAUUAAAGAAUCUGAUUUUGCUGCAACAUUAUUCAAAUUUUAACAUUCAUAGGCACGGUCUCAUCUAGGUCCCGUGUUUUAGUGGUUUGCAAUUUGUUUAACUUUGAAGGUUCUCAUUCUUUUCUACUAGCAGAUUUGUAUAAAAUGAUGAAUCAUACUGAAGAUUUUAGCAUGAACUUGUUUCGCCUUCCAUUCUUUGACAAAUGAUUAUUUUUUACUGCUUCCUAA